GAGGGACGUGGGUACUGCGCAUGGGCUGAGCGUGAUGUAAGUGUUUGAAGUUAGCGGCGAAGCGUAAAGGCGGUAACCAGUUUCCUGAAACCUCCCUCGAGUCCAAGCCCUGGAAACCCAGGUUUUGAGCCCACUAGCAGGCGUCUUGCCGAGUUCUCUUUUUUAAGCCCCAGAAUCUUGGCUUGGGGCAACCUCAGUUCUCGUUCUAGAGCCAGUUAUUCCCGAGCUCUCGCGAGACUGGCGGGCCGACCCGAGAGCAGCCCGAGAGCCGGUAUCUCCUAGGAGCUCGGCCGGGCCCUCGGAGCUUCGGAGACGCGGAGCCCGCCUAACGCCGGCGCACGCCGCCGGGGCUCCCGGCAGAGAUGGAUGACGAUCUUGUGCUGGCGCUGCGGCUUCAGGAGGAGUGGGACCUGCAGGGGUCGGAGCGCGACCGGGCCCAGGCGCCUCUGUCGCUGGUGGACGCGUCCUGGGAGUUGGUGGACCCAACCCCGGAUUUGCAGGCCCUAUUCGUGCAGUUCAACGAUCGGUUCUUCUGGGGCCAGCUGGAGGCCGUCGAGGUGAAGUGGAGCAUGCGAAUGACCCUGUGUGCUGGGAUAUGCAGCUAUGAAGGGAGGGGUGGAAUGUGUUCCAUCCGUCUCAGUGAACCUCUUUUAAAGUUGAGACCAAGAAAGGAUCUCGUAGAGACCCUCUUGCAUGAAAUGAUACACGCGUAUUUAUUUGUCACUAAUAAUGAUAAAGACCGGGAGGGGCACGGGCCAGAGUUUUGUAAACACAUGCAUCGCAUCAAUCGCCUGACAGGAGCCAAUAUAACGGUGUACCACACUUUCCACGACGAAGUGGACGAGUACCGGCGACACUGGUGGCGUUGCAGCGGUCCGUGCCAGCACAGGAAGCCCUACUACGGCUAUGUCAAACGUGCCACCAACCGGGCGCCCUCUGCUCAUGACUACUGGUGGGCCGAGCACCAGAAGACGUGCGGCGGCACUUACAUCAAAAUCAAGGAACCGGAGAAUUACUCCAGGAAAGGCAAAGGAAAGACAAAAGUAGGGCAGCCGCCAACACCCGCAGAAAAUAAAGAUAAGCCCAACAGAGGUGAGACCCAACUGUUAAUCCCUUUCAGUGGGAAAGGAUAUGUUCUGGGAGAAAGGAGCAAUUCGCCUUCAUCUGGGAAGUUUGUCACUCCAUAUACAAUUAAUAAAACCCAAGAUCUUUUAGGUCAAGACCAUUCAGCGAAAGCCCUCAGACCCAACUCUAAAAUUGAGGUGAAAUUUGAACAUAAUGGUUCGAGUAAAAAAACUCCUCUUGUAUCCCCUGUUCUGACUACCAGUCACCAAAAUGUCUUAAGCAACUACUUUCCUACAAUCUCAGUUGCCAGCCAGAAGGCCUUCCGAAGUGUGAGUGGCUCUCCCACGAAAAGCCUGACAGUCGGGGACAUCCCUAAAAACUCGGUCUCUUCUGGUUCUCAGAGAAGGGUCACCUCCUCGAAGAUAUCCCUGAGGAAUUCUUUAAAAGCCCCGGAAUCGACAUCUGUGACUGCACCCCCGGACGCGAGUGGGCCCGAAGAGAAAUUCCCAAGUAAACGACCCAGGCUAGAAGACAAGAAUGUUUUUGACAAGUUUUUUAUCAAGAAAGAGCAAGUACAAAGCGGUGGAAAUGGUCCAGAGUGGCGUUCCCAUCCUACAGCUGCGACUCCGAGUCCCAGCAGCCCAGCCAGCUGCCUCAGGAUGGUUGAUUGUCCCGUUUGUCAGAAUGAAGUUCUGGAGUCUCAGAUUAAUGAGCACUUGGACCGGUGCCUUGAAGGUGAUAGCAUCAAAGUCAAGAGUUGAAAAGCUUUGAAGAUGGGUGCCACACGCCCACCUGUGUUACCCCGCGAAUACAGCGUCAACUGCUCAGGAAGCUCUGGGGAGCGCUGAGAUCCAUGGGUUAUGAUCUAGUUCUGUUUCCCAUGCACAUGUAUGAGAUUGUAAUGGAAAAUGUUCUGUCGGAAGGUGCUGUAUUUUUCACUCUUGCCUCACAUAUCCUGUGGCCGAGUUUAUUCUGCUUGUACACAUGCAUAAUUUUUAGAAACUUUUGUUCUUUCUUGCUCUUAAAGGUAUUUGGAUCUGUUAAUCUUUUUAUUUAUAUACUUCCUCAGAAUACUCACUGAAGAAUCCUGGCAGGUAUUCGGUUAAACUGAGUAUUUUUUUAUUAAUAUUAAAACUCGGUCCAAGAACUGUAGUUUAAUAUUCAGAACAUGAGACACAUUGACCAAAAAUACAAUCUAGAGGACGAAGUAUAUCAGUUGUUUUAGGGUACUCAGAGUUUUGGGGGUUUUGGUUUCUUUUUUUAACCUUAGCAGGAAAUAGAUUUUCUGUAUUUUAAAGAAUUUUAUUCCUGUCAUCACUAAAAGGUGGCAGCAGGUUUUAGGUUAAAGUACAGAAGGAAUAUAGUGAAAUAAAAAUUUUAGACUAUGACUCCUGCAGUCCUGUAGUCCAGAGUUGAGCGGUUUUCUCAAAAUGUAACCAAAUGUGUGGGUCGGGGGCUUAAGGAACCGCAUAAGUAACAUCACAGAGUUACCUAGUUGGUGUUAACAGAGGAACAGUAUCUGGAAACAGUAUUAUGAACCUUAAACCAAAGUUGUAACCAUUAAAAUAAAAAGGAAUACCGUUUGUGCAUUUUAAAAACUAUACAGUUCUUUCUAAAAACAUUCUUUUCCAUGUUUUACAGCAAAGAGACAAAGAUACUUUUAUCAGUUUUCUUUCUGGAGGCUUUGCCUCUGGCAUGUUGGCAUUUUCCCAAGAGUUUAGUUCACAGGUUUUCUUUUUUCUGACCUUUGUUGCAGCAUGACCCUCACACACCUGAGGGGCUACCUCCUAAGUGUGAACUGGACAUCGCGCUCUCCUGGGCGACCGCUGCCCAGGUCAGGGAGGGAGCAC